AUGGGACCUCGACAGCUGCACACAUUUUUGACCAAGAAGGUGGCGCCUGAGACCCUGGACGUCGAUGAGCUCAGAAGCCAUGGUCCAGUUCUUCUGGUCGCCGACUUCCAUGCCUUUACGUUCUGGCUGCUUGAGUCCUUCGAGAAUGAGACUGCCGCGUCGGACCUGGCACAUGUCUCUUCCUCGGCCGAGCGGCGUGUGACUGGGCUCCGCGAGCGCGGUGUCUGCCUGGACUUUGUGGAGGAUGGUGCUGCAGGCUACAACGGAGUUGAAGAGAUGGAAUCCAAGUUGCCAGAGUGGCGAUCCCGAUUUGCGCAGCGGCAGACGGACAGAGCGAAGCUGAAGCGGUUUCUGGAGGGCACGGACAGCGAUCCAAAGCAGGUCCACAGCGGGCCCCUCUUCGUUGAUGCGGUUCGAGCCGGAGUUAGGAAGGCUGGCGCCAGAAUCCAACUGGCCCAAAGAGAAGCAGACCCUGAGUGUGUUCGUGUCAUGGAAGAGCGAAAUGCACUUGCCGUGCUGGGCAACGACACGGACUUCGUCAUCAUGAAGGGUGGCCGGCUGGUGACCUUCCCGAAUCUGGAUCCUGAGGCUGCUGUCCUUCCCCUGCGGAGAGCUGAGGAGAGCAAUGGCCGCAACGAACGCAGAUUUGUUCUCAAGGUCUGGACGCGCCAAGCCCUAGCGAGGGCUUUGGCUGUCCCUGAGGAGCUGUUACCGAUGUUAGCUGCACUCUGCGGCAACGACCAUUCGCGGCAACUCAUCGAGAAAUGCCGACGGCGCGGCCUGCCAGGUCCCACUGGAUCGGAGCCUCUUCCAGACAGCUUUGAGGAGUUGGCAAAGAUCUUGUGUCAGAGCCGAAGACCUCCGCAGGAGGCAGCCCUGGACUUGUUGAAGCCAGCCCUGCACAACCAGCAGGAAAUCGAUGAGGCCCGGAAGGUUUUGGCUGAUGCCCAGAGCUUCUACAUGCCCCAGGCUACCCCUCUGGAAGUGCCGAUUCUAAGUCAGUUUGCUGGAGAUGAAAGCAUCGAGCUUGCGCCUGAGCCGCAGUCAUCGAAGGUGUACAGAGAAGUCCAGCAAGGCAUACUUCCGAAGUGGUGCUUUCCAGUGGCGGCUCAUGGCCUCCACUUGUCCAACGAUUUCUUGUCAGAUCCUUCUUUGGGCAGCUGCUCGAUAACGUCCUUGCUGCUCAGGCUGCAGGCCUUUGCCUUUGGAGUGUUGGCACCUCCAACUGCAGGAACUCCAUCGCCUGCGAUCACCCUUGGGAAGCUUGGCCCCUGCAUGCCACCGGACCCUCCCGGUCGUUGGGGCCAGGUAGAGGUUCGCAUCCUUGGCACGUCAGGGCGUGCCAGCUUCGAAGACGCCACACACCGCUUUAGCUACCUGGGCCGGCUCCAUGGGGUCCGGGCACAGCCACGGCCCGCACGCGGAGCGCUGCUUCGGGCCUACGUGGACACUGCCUCAGGAGCCAUCCCAGAAGCGCUUCCGUGCGAGGUGUCUCUGGACACCAUCCACCUUCUAAGCUUGCGGUUCACCGCGGGUGUCGCGCGCGAGCUGAAGCUGCAAGAGGUGGAGUUCGACGCCCUGCUAGCUACCAUGUACAUCCUCAAGGGUGCAGCCAUCGGACCCACAUUGAUUGGUGGUCCCGACUUCUCCAGCCGCAAGUGCGCUGACUUCCGCUGCCUGUGCCUGGGUGCUUGGCUCCAGAAGGUGAUCUCCUCUGUGCUGGACCUUGCGAGGCUGCUGGACGUGGCUCCGGCUGUGGAAAGCCGGCAGCUCUUCAACGGCCGCCUCUUCCUGUUCGUCCUGCGAAGCUUCCAGAGCAAGCCUAGACAGACUCCACAGACGGAGCCCUUGCCACAGGAGGUUCCGAUGCCCUUGAUGAGGAGGCGUGGCAAGAUGGGGCCCCGGAUCACAGAAGCAGACGUGAACGAGAAGGAUGAAAAGGAGGCAAGCAAGCCGCACAAUCCGCACAUGAAACGCUUGGACCAAGAUGAGGUGGAUGUCGAGGUCCUCGAAAGCCUGCGGGGCAGCCCAGAGUUGAGAGCCUGGCGAGCAGAUGUUCUGCGAGACCUGGAAGUGCAGCUCUUGCCAUCGGUCGACCGAGUCGAGUCGGUCGAGGCGCCGUCCGUGACCGAGGUGACAGGAUCUCGAUCUGCUGAGCCUGCUGAGCUGCCCAUCGCGGCACGUAAGGAGGAGCUCUGCCACUCCCUCCUGGAGAACCGGGUGACAUGCGUGCAGGGCGAACCGGCGCAGGUGGUUGUGACACAGCCCCGACGGUUAGCUGCCAUCAAUCUCGCCAAGCGAGUUGCAAACGAGCGUGGAGAGGAAUUGGGCAAGGAUGUUGGGUAUCGGAUUGGUGGAGACAGCGUGCCUGGCAGGCGACUGAAUUUUGUGACUACCGGUUGGCUCCUGAGUGCUCUGGUAGGCAGCCCCGAGAAAAUCGGCCAGCUUACGCAUGUGGUUUUCGACGAGAUCCAUGAGCGCUCUGCCGAUGCGGACUUCCUGAGCCUAGUGGUCCGCUUGCUGCUGCAUCGCUUCGCCGAUGUCUCUUUGGUCAUCAUGUCUGCGACUCUCCAGGCCGACGUUUUUCGGUCCUACUUCCGUGAGCUGCAACCGAGCUCCUCCGACAUCCCUUUGGUGGCCGUUGGUGGCCGCUGCUUCGACGUCAAGAGAGUUCACCUCGACGAGGUCUCUGGCUUCUGUGGGAAGCUGAGCAAGCCGGGGCAGAAAGCUCUGACAGAGCUCCUUUUGAAGUUCAAGGGGCGCAAGCUGGACCACAACAGCAACUCCAGAGCCUUGUCGGACCUGCUGCCCAUAAGCACACCUCUCAUCCUCGACAUUUUGGCAUGUGUGGCCGAGCCUGGCUGCACCGUUCUGGUCUUCCUGCCGGGCCUUGAGGAAAUCACCAAUCUCUACGACGACUGCCAGGCCACUCUUCAUGCCAAGGAUGGUGCGCUGGCUGAGUCGGACUCAGAGUCUGAUUCUUCCGACCAGCCCUCGCCGACUUGCAAUGGCUGCAAUGGUCGCAAUGGUCGAAGUGGUCGAGAUGGUCUCAGUGGGCGUCUUCAGCUCAAGGCCUUUGCCAUGCACUCGCAGAUACCCAUGGAAGACCAACUUGGGGUCUUCAAAGGCCCCGGUCCACAGACAUGCCAUCUGGUCUUUGCCUCCAAUGUUGCCGAGAGCUCCUUGACCUUGCCCAACGUCUGUGCAGUGCUGGAUCUUGGGCUGAUCAAGCAGAUGGUGUACGACACGCGGCUCCGCCUGUCCUACUUGGCGCUGCGCUGGACGAGCCAGGCCUGGGCCUGGCUUCGGCCCACCAGCGGGCCGGCCGUGCGGGUCGUACCCGAGAAGGAGUUGUGGUGCGUCUUUAUCCUCGAAGCUUCCACUAAGGCUUUCUUCCUGUGCAUGAGCUCUGUUUCAACCAGAGUCAGAGACUGCCUUCCUUUGAAGAUCUGUGAAGGCAUGGCGGCCUUUGACCGUCCUGAGACCUCCUCCCUGCCAUUGCCGCGCUUGUAUCUGCAAGCCAAGGUGCUGGCUUGCGACUUAAAGAACGACGACCUGGCCGAAAAUGCCACUGCAGUGUCUAUUUUGGAAGAUCUCGUUGACCCGCCAGACCUGGCGAUCGUUGAAGCUGCCAGGCAAGAACUUGCGGAAGGCUGUGCUCUCGCAGCCCCCGAGGAAGAUGCGGACAUCACUACACUCGGACGAAUUUGCUUGCGGCUGCCUUUCGAACUGAGCCUUUGUCGCCUCAUCUGGCUGAGCAUUCACUGGGGCUGUGCUGCAGAUGGCAUCGUGCUGGCAUGCAGCAUGGCCAUACAGGAUCCCUUUUCGCAGCCGAACCCACUGGCCAUCACCGAUGCUGUGGUUAACAAACAGCAAGAUGCAUUUCGAUAUCCUUGUAAGUUCACAGAGGCUUUGCAGUUUUGUAGGUUUGUAUGGAACAGCUUCUUUGGUUGCAUCAUGUUGCACCAAACAAGCCUACGUGCAAAGGAUGCGGUGGAUCUGGGCCAGAAGCUGCGCAGGAGCAACGAGAGCCGACGCUUCUUCGAUGGUGGGAAGGCCUCCGAGCCGCUGGCGCUUCGAAGCCUGUUCCGCGAGUUCUACCAGUCGCUGUCGACCACGGAUGGGCUCCUUGGCGGCCGCCGCGCCUGGAUCAAGCACGCGAAUCAGAUGGCUGCGCAGCAUGCCAUCAUCCCCAGGCGCUUGGCCGAGUUCUGCGUCCAAGUGGAUGAUGUUGCCCAGCGACUCCUCGGCCUGCUGGUCCCAAACAGCCCCGUAGCGCGCCAAGUGCGCCUCCUACUGAAGGGCCUGGGGAGAUCCGGUGUAGAGACUGACGAAGCUGGCAGCUUCCCCCAGGAGGACCCAUGGAAGACAGGGCCAAGUGAGCCAAGUGCUUCACAGCGCCGCCGCCCUGGGCACGGUGCAGUGUUUGUGGGGGACGAGGACCUCCUGCGUGGACUUCUGGCAUCUUGCUUCACGAGCCAACUCCUGACUUCGAUGAGAUCGGGCCAGAAGGAGCAGGAUCUUGCCUGUCGCAUGGUUCAGAUCGCCGACCCUGCUCGCAGCGCACUAUUUGAUGUGGAGCACCUUGAGUGCGCGCCACUUAUAGAGCCAGAGAACUUUCUUAAGUACCUGUCCCGGCUCAGUGGCGGCUGCACCUUCGAGCACAAGGGCAAUGUCGGAAAGCUGGUCUGCAUCCAGUGUGCAGAAGCUGCAGAAGCUUCCAAAGCUGCCUCCCUCGAAGAAGGAGAGGAAGGGACGCCUGAGCUGCCUAUCGACGUCGCGAAGGAGUUGCACGUCUUUCAUCAGUUCACCCGCGGCAAGGCUUCUGUUUCAUCCCAGAUGAACCUUGCCGACCUGGGAGGCUCCGCAGAUGCAGGCCCCGUCCCGAUUGUUGUCAAGAAGCCUUCGCAUCCGUACCAGCUGAAAUGGCAGGUCCAUAUACCCGGAGAGGUAGGAGCAAAAGGACGAGCCGCCUUGAAGAGAACUGGCCUACCUAAUUCCUACCACCCUCUGGGAUUCAUGUGUGACAUUUCCAAGCGCGAUUGGCUGGCCUGCGCUAGCCAUGUGCAGUAUACCCAAGGCUCUAUAUGCUUCCUCUCUGGCUUGACGCUCCUGAAACCGUGGCAGGUGAAGCACUUCCUGCUGACGAUCGAUCCAGAGGCUGCCUCGCUGAUGCUGAAGUGUGGCUCAAGCCCUGGCUCCGUCUGCGCUGUGAAGAUGUAUGGAAAAGAGCUACGUGUUGCCAUCAGCGCAGAGGAUCUGCGAUUCAUUGACAAGUUCCGGGCAACCAUGAGAGAUGCGUUGCUCAGUUCCGAGAAGCUUGGGGAGGCGCAACUUCAGAAGGAGCUUCAUGAUUUCUGCGCUCGUGGAGAGGUCUUGGACGAUGGCAAGGAGGGACGCUGGUUUCAACCAUUCGGCACUUCAGAUAGCUUGCCCGGAUUGCAUCCACUUCUUCAGGACACAGUGGCCGAUGCAACGGCAGAUGCAGAGGAAAACGUGCUGGCCGCGAUGCAUAUGAUGGCCGUGAAGAAGAAGAAGGUCACCGCAAGAAAGCUGGCCAAGGAAAUCGGUUGGCCCGAGACAAAGCUCGGUCCGAUUGAGGUAUUUCUGGGGCAGCGAAAACAUCUCUUCUACAAGGAGGGCAAGAACUGGAGACCUGCAUGA